UCCUCCAUCUGAACAAGGUGGCCGGAGCCGGGACGCCCCUGUCUGAACCCUGACCCUCGGUUCACUAUUCUGGAGCCGCAAGCACCCGACGUAGGAAAAUUGUGGCAGGCUCAACCGGGAAUUCGUCGAGCAGUUUCCUGUAUUUGAAAAAGUUGUUGGCGAGCAAGUGCUUUAUUGAGUAUAUCUGGAUAUAUAUUUGGUAUUGCUGCUUUGAGACAUCUGUUUGAGGGAAGUAGGAAAAAUGGACGAUUUCUCAAGUGACUCAGACUGCACGAAGUACUGGAUCGAUUGGUUUCUAGGAGCUCAGGGAAAUGAGUUCUUUUGCGAGAUCGAUGACGAGUUUCUGAAUGACAGAUUCAAUAUGACUGGGCUCAACUCGGAGGUGCAGUAUUACCAGUACGCGAUGGACCUCAUCAUGGACACAUUCGAACGUGAAUGUGAUGAUCCUACACGCGAGCAGAUCGAGCGGUCGGCUCGGCAUCUUUAUGGACUCAUACACGCCCGCUACAUCCUCACCCAGCGUGGCCUCCAAAAGAUGCUGGACAAGUACAAAAAAGGCGACUUUGGAGUCUGCCCCCGCGUCCACUGCCAACGCCAACCCGUUCUCCCCAUCGGUCUCAGCGAUGUCCCGCACUCGGCCCCCGUCAAGAUGUUUUGCAUGAAAUGCGAGGACGUGUACAAUCCCCCAUCUGUCCGGUUCGCCAGCAUCGACGGCGCCUACUUCGGCACCAGUUUCCCGUUCUUGCUGUUCCAAGCCUACCCCCAUCUGAUCCCAAACAAGACCUCGCCCGAGCGGUUCGUGCCUGCUAUCUUUGGUUUUAAGAUCCACGAGCACGCGCGCCUGGCACGGUGGCAAGAGUCGAAGCGGCUAGAGUUGAAUAAGCGGCUAGAACAGUACGAGGAGGAGGAGCGGAGGCGGAAGAGAGCCCAGUGAUUUCAAGCAGUGCUUUUGGUUCAUGUCAUCUUUACAUUAGCCCGGGAAAACUUCAUGUAGGAUUAGGCGUUUUGCUUUUCUUUCCUUCUUGUCUAGUGCUGUUUAUGUAAUUUAUAAUUAUAACAAAAUAUUCACUCAGU